AUGUUACGAGCACAACUCCUGGCUUGCCCGAAACUCUCGCAUAACCCUGUGCCAUAUGACCCCGCCGCGUUCCUCAGCUACCCUCCCCCGACCGCCACAUUAAGCGUGAUAAACAUCCCGCUCUGCGCAACCGCCGUCCACGUCAAUGCCGAGGUUGCUCGGAGGACUUUUUGGGUCCUGGAGAGUCAAGAUCAUCUUUACUCGGAGCAUAAUGCAGCAGUGGCUUUUCCUCCGAGAGAACUUGUUCCGUAUAUCACAUUUAAUCAUGUCGAACUGCCUCCCGAGCCUUGGGCAACAAUGUGGAAAGAUGAGAGCUUAACCAGUCCAAACAAAGCUGCAAGAGACCUCUUCGAUCCGAAUGCGGAGCUUAGUACGUCAAUGGAGAAUUUGAAGAAGCAGGAUGACCCGCCGCCGGAUCACAUCACUAUUGCGGAUAUCUUCAAAGCGGCAGGAAGCUCAAUAUUAGAGGCUACGAGACCGAAACGACGGUCUCAGAGUAAGGAAGUCUGUGUCUGUGAUGUCAAGACCAGCGGUGGCCGUUGA